CCAAGUCCUAUAAUAACUCAGCUUCAUUACAUUUCUUCUCAACAACUUCACUGCCCAAUUAUUUCACUCUCUACAUUCAUUACCAUCUUCAUAUACACAUAACAAUCAUCCAAUGUCUCACUCGAAAGUAAGUUUUGCGCUUGCCAUGGUCCUUGUGGCCACUCUCUGGACUGGAUCUACAGCUCAAACGUCGGAUUGCACCAACACGCUGAUUAGCCUGUCCCCUUGCCUCAACUACAUUACAGGCAACACCUCCAAGCCGGAUUCAGGGUGCUGCACGCAGCUCAGCACCGUUGUCCGAUCAAAGCCAGAGUGCUUGUGCCAAGUGCUUAAUGGUGGUGGCUCGUCUUUCGGUAUCCAAGUCAACCAAACUCAAGCUCAGACCUUGCCUGGUGUUUGCAAUGUUCAAACUCCACCACUCAGUACCUGCAACAGCCUUUCUCCAAAUGGCGCUCCAUCAGGAUCACCAGAUUCUCCGACUAAUGGAACACCCUCAGGCCCCGGAUCCAACACGACACCAUCAAAAGAUAACGGCUCCUCAGAUGGAAGCUCUACCAGAGUGGCAGUGCCUCUGCUCUUCUUCCUCGUCUUUGUUGCAUCAUAUGCAUCUACCUAAACCAUAUGAUGAAGUACCGCCAUCUUUCCAGUACAGAAUAUAGACGAUUGGCCAAAUUCUAUAUGAUUUAUUCCCUCUUUUUGUUAUGAUUGAUACUUGGAGUUGCAUUGCGGAUGCCUAUCUGUCUACGACCUCCAAACAUCUCUGUAUUUUAUUCUUUUAUGAACCUCUUUAGUUCAUCGUAUGGCUUGUUUUGUAGCACAGCAGAUAUGUUAUGAUUUUUCGAUAA